AUGAAAAGAAAGCUAGAUGAAACAAAGUCAGCAAAGCGAUUAAAGUUUGAACGAGAGAUAUUUUCGAAGUCAAUAAAGGACAUUGAGGAGAUGAUAUCAGAAGAGGACGCUUACCAUAGUAUCAAAGCCUUAAGGAAAGCACACAAUUCAUCGUUGCGAGCAAGUUCGACAAAACCAAAAGCGGAGGAUGGAAGCGGGGUGCCGCUUGCUUCAACGGCGAAGAUAGAGGACGGCAGCAGCCAGUAUGUGCCCCUAAUUCAUUCGAGAGAGCACCCUGAGUACGAUUACGAUUGCGUUAACAUCUCAUUCUUGAGCAGCGAGGACAAGAAGCCUAAGUGUCAAUCUACAGUUAACAUGGGCGGGAUCCCAAGAUACACUGAACCCAGGCUCAAGCGCAGUUUAGUACCAAUUUUACCUAGUCAAACUGGCUCGAAAUUUGCUGGUAUGUUUGAUUUCGACUUAAAAGAGGAUGUUAAGGAUCUUCCACGAAAGAUAAAUCUAGAAAAGGAUCUCAAGCUCAUGGAUCAGCUUGUCUCAUUAAACUCUCGUCUACACUUUCUGCAUUAUAUAUAA